AUGUCUGACGACUCCAGUGCCGCCUCGGCGGGCAAGCGCCGAAUCGAGACCAUCGGUCGACACGUCCAGCGUGUUGCACCCAUCACCACCUCGUCCACCUCCCAGUCACCACCUUCGCCCAACCCCAGCACCUUCACAGACGACCGCGAGAAGCUCGGCACCUUCACCCUCGGUCCCAACGUCGCCAUUCCCGUGUUUCAGCCCAAGCUACCCGAACGCCUUCCCUCCGACCGCCUCCUGCUCAAUCUGGACGAUCCCAUCGCGCUCGAGCACCUCGAGUUCCUUGCCAAGAAAUGGCAGCUUGGUCAAGACGUCUUUCUCCUCUCUGCCCCGGGUCCGUACGCCCGCAGGCUCAGUCUCACGUUCGCAUCUCUCAUCCAGCUGCCCUACGAGUACGUCUCGUUCCACCGCGAUGUGGGUGAAGCCGAGCUGCUGCAGACACGAAGCUUGUCCGCUGGCGGCAAUCUUGUCUUUGAAGACGGGCCUGUCAUUCGGGCUAUGAAGAACGGACACCUGCUCAUCCUCGAGGGAGUCGAGAAGGCGGAACGCGGAGUCACGCCGAUCAUCAACAACAUCCUUGAGAACCGAGAGCAGAACCUAGCAGACGGUCGUCAUCUUAUCCCCGCUGAGAAGCUGGCUGCGUUUCAGCAGGAAGAGGUGCAGCACAAAGAGGGCGGUGCGAGCCGCUUCAUCCCUGUGCAUCCAAACUUUCGAGUCAUUGCCACGGGUGUGCCCGUCCCACCGUACCGCGGCUAUCCGCUAGACCCACCUUUCCGAUCGCGUUUCCAGGCAAGGUGGGUCGAAGGAUCGGUGCAGUCCACCAUUCCUCUGCCCGAGAAGCUCUCCGAGGGCGCACAACAGCUCCGCUCGCGCUGGAGCCAGUGGGCUGCCCUGCUGCGGUACCACACCACCCUUGCGCAGGGCAACGACGUCAUCCCACCCACCUCCAGACUCCCCAAUCUACCAACUACAGCGCUGCCCUUGCUCACGGAUAUCGUCAGCACCUUUCCUCCAGUCACAUCGCUCAUCAACCUCGACUUUGACGAGAGCGACCCGAUCUUGCCUACUUGGCCCAAAGAUAUGCCCGUGGACACCGACAAGAACGUCGGAACCAGCUCGUCCACCCUGGCGCUGCUCAGCGCGGCAUAUCCGCAAGUGUUCGCGCUCGACGCGGAGAAACGACGUACGCUCGACUCGCUACUUGGCCAGCUGCAGAUCCAUGAGCAGCAGGGCGAGGGAGCGGAUCAAUCAACGCUCGCCGCGACCGGAUUCUUGGGCUACCUCGUCGAUAGCGUGGAACGCGUAUCGCCCACCAGCGCCCAGAUCACAUUUGUUCACGUUGCAGGUAGCUCGCCGAGCGUCACGAUCGAGGUUCCUUGUGGCGCACUUGAGCUGGCACCCGUGCCGAGGCUUGGGGACACGACGUUUAUGGGCCAAGAGCUCAUCGUCACUCCCCGAGUACUUUCGAUUUACAGCCGGCUGCUGCAGCUCCACGCGCUGGGCAGGGACAUCUGCCUCGUCCCCGCCAAUAAGGCGGCGAGCCCGGACAAGCCUGGUGCUGCGUCGACAAGUGACCCGCUCGCCGCGGCAGCGCACCAGCCGUCGUCGUCUACGACCACCUGCAUCGGACUGAUGGCGGCGACACUCGGAUACGCAUACGAGUCGGUGUGGCUGUGGAAGGAUCUGGGCGGAGGCGAGCUGCUCAUGCGCCGAGCCACCGCCAAGGACGGAAGCACGACAUGGGAGCCUGCGCCUCUUGUGCGUGGUGCUAUGCAGGGUAAGCUCGUCCACCUUGCCGGUGUCGAUGUGCUCGGGCCCACCUUGGGCAGUCUGAGCCGCCUGUUGCAGGAUCGCGAGCUUGAGCUGUGGGACGGUGCGCGUAUGACCGAGGGUGAUGCUCAGAAGGACACGGCCAAACCCGCGUCCGCCGACCUGCUGGCUGGACCCACCAUCUCUGCCGGCGAAAUCGUCCCCAUCCGUCCCACAUUCCGCGUCGUCGCCACAGCCUCCAAACCCACAGGCUGGCUCGAUGAGGAAGCCUCCACGCUCUUUGCCAUCUGCUCCACGCGCGCCAUGGACCCCGACGAGGAGCGUCACAUCGUCCUCUCUCGCAUCAAGCUAUCCGAACCGACCUCGGACCUCAAGCGUCUCUUCGAGUUCGUCAAUCGCUAUCGUGCGCUGUCUGCGGAUCCGAACUUGGGUCUAGCCAAGUCGCGCCGUCUGGGCACGCGCCAGGUCAUCCGCAUGGCCUCCCGUCUCGCUCGCUGGCAGGACGACUGCGACGUCCACGGUCUCAUCUGGCGCAGUCUUCUGGUGGACUUCCUACCGCUGACGGUACGCGAGGUGAUCGCCAACCUCCUCACCGAAUGUGGGAUCUACAAGCCUGGCACGGAAGGGGCGUUCCAGUACGUGCCGCGAUUGUGGAUCGGCGACCCACAGAUCGUCGCCGGCGCCAACGGAGGUACGCUUCAAUUCGCCCCCUCCGACGGGUCCGAUCGAGAGUACCCAGUCCGCUCCAUCCCGCGCUAUGAUGCCGACACCCUAGAUCCUGAAGGCAAGACGCUCAUCCCGGACCUCGGCGGUAGCUUCUAUAACAAUGCUCAGCAGAGCAGUCUCAUCUGCUCCUUCGCCGAGGACCUGGUGCUGCUCAACGAACACCUGCUGCUGAUGGGCUCCCAGGGUACCGGCAAGAACAAGAUCAUCGAUCGCACGCUCGAGCUGCUCGGCCGGCCGAGGGAGUACAUCCAGAUGAACCGCGAUUCGACCGUCGCCGGAUUGCUGCAGCAGAUCGCACUCGAGGGCGGACAGAUCCGCUACCUCGACUCGCCGCUCGUUCGCGCCGUGAAGCUGGGCAGGAUCUUGGUGGUGGACGAGGCGGAUAAGUGCUCCACCGCUGUUUCUGCCGUGUUCAAGAGUCUGGCUGAACGAGGAGAGCUCAGUCUGCCCGAUGGAAGACGCAUUCGACCCGCUCGCAGUGGCGAGAGUGUCGAAGAUGCGGGAGGGGAUAUCUUGGUUCACCCGACCUUCCGCCUGGUCCUCCUGUCCAACCGUCCCGGCUGGCCUUUCUUCGGCAACAACUUUAUCGAGGUCAUCGGCGAGGGGUUCAGCUGCUACGCCGUCGCCAACCCCGACAUUGAGUCCGAAGUUCGCCUCCUAAAAGCAGCGGCACCCAACGUGGACGUCGACCUGCUUCGUCGCCUCGAUCUGGCCUUCCACGACCUCCGCGCCGGCUUCGAGUCUGGGCUGAUCAACCACCCCUACUCGCUCCGAGAACUCCUCCACCUCGUCGCGCACAUGCAAAAGUACCCCGACGAGCCGCUCUCCAGCGUGCUGCUCAACACGCUCGCCUUCGACCUGCAUCGACCGGAGAGCAUCCGUUGGGUCGUCGAGACGUUGCGCAAACGCAAUCUGCCCAUUGAACAGCUUUCGCUCGAUAUUUUGCGAGAGCAGGACCUCGAGCGCAUCCGCAACGCCGAAAAGGGCAUCAAGGCCGAGUUUCAUCCUGGUAAAGAGGACUUUGAUCCGAAAAAGGCUGGGAGGGAUACCAACCUGGACAAGCCAAAGGAGGGCAAAGUUGAUCCCAAAAACGAGGCCCACGUCGGCGGGAACACGUGGAAGGGCGGCACCGGAGGCCGCGACACGAUGGGCCUCGGCGGUCGCGGUGGCUACGGACGUCAAUACACUGGCCACAAGAUCCAUCAAAUCAGCAAGGAGCUCAAAAAUGACGUUCCCGAUCACCUCAAGAAGCAAGCCCGCGAAAUGGCGCGCGAAGCCCUGGAGAAGGAACUCAAAGAAAACGGCAUGCAACCCCACGAAGCGGUCAACCUGCACGAGAUGAAGCAAAAAGUCGCCUCGCAGGUGCAGCACCUGUCGAACGUGCUCAACGAUCUCAAGGCGAACCGGUACGAGCGGGCGUGGUUGACGCGGCAGCAGGAAGGCGAGUUGGACGAGCGACGCUUGUCUGAAGGCCUAGCUGGUGAGCGGGGGAUCUUCAAACGACGGGCGGAGAUGCCACCCGACCCGGGUGCGCCGCAGAUCAAACCCAAGCGCAUCCGCAUCGUCCUGGAUCUCUCCGCGUCGAUGUAUCACAUGCAGUACGAUGGACGACUGGAGCGCGAGUUGGAAGUGGCCCUCAUGGUCAUGCAGGCCUUUUCGCGGUUGGAGGACGCAACGGAGCGCUUUGCGGUCGACAUCGUCGGUCACAGCGGUGAUUUGGAUAUGAUUCCCCUCGUACCCCUCGGUAGAAUGCCCAAGAGUGACGGCGACAUGUACCGCAUCCUCCGCGCCAUCGUCAGUCACACCCAGUACUGCGAUUCGGGGGACAACACGCUCAAGUGCAUCGAAAAGUCCAUUCGACAAGUCAAGAGCCUCCUCCCCUCCCACCUGCCCCCGCCACCAGAGGGUAACACGAUCAACGACACGACCAGCACAGGCCUAAAUCAGCCCAUCGUCGAACAGGACCCGCACCAAAGCCCGAUGGACGACUACUUUGUCAUUGUGCUCAGCGACGCCAACCUCAGCAGGUACGGCAUCACGCACCAGCGCCUCGCACAGCUCCUCAGACUCGAUGCACAGGUCAAGACGUCGCUCAUCUUCAUCGAUAAGGGCAACGAGGCGCUCCAUCUGGCCAAACAGCUGCCGACUCAGACGCACGUCGCUAGAGAGACAAAGGACAUUCCGCGCAUCUUGAGCAACAUCCUUACGAGCGUCGUUCAGAAUUCGUAG